AUGUCUCACCUUUGGUCCGCUUUGGGACUAACCUUUGUUCUCCAGUUUGACACGACCGAUCGAGAUCGCCAUUAUGUCAUGGUUGUGCCACAGCGAGCAGUCUACAACCCUCUCUUGAUGGGACCAAAUCAGGUCAUCGAGUUUCAUGGCAUCCCGCUGCCCGAGUUGAACAAGGAGUCUGCUAUCCAUUAUCACAACAAGUGCAUAUCAUACUUGAUGGACACAUCCACCGAUCCGGCCAAUCCCUGUAAUGAUGAUGCCCUGACUGCUAUCACGAUUCUUCGCUACCAUGAACAAGUAGACACCCAUCUCACCGGUUCCGACUCCGAGACAUACAUCAAUGCCAUCCAAGCCGUAUUCCAUGCCCAGCAAGAGGACAGCAUAGGUCUGUUCAGCAUCGUUCACCAUCCUCCGCGGACUCUCCGCCAGGAGAUCUGGUCUGUCUUACUCUACCGAAGACCAUUUCGCCUUCCUCUCUACGGCACAGAGGACUGUUCCCAAUUCGAGCCCGACGCAGCAGCCGACGACUUCGACUGGGCUAAUCGAAUCCUCGUCUGGUGUGCAUACGUGCUGCAGUUCUGUUUCGGAACAUCCUCCGAGAAUAUUGUUGAAUCCGAAGACCCGAAAUCUCGCACGGAACAGUGGAACGCCCUGAAAGCCUUCGAGCACAACUGGGAUACCCAUCUACCUCCCCACUACAAGCCUCUGGCAUACAAAGAGCGGGAACCGGAUUUGGGCCAGUACUUCCCGCGGAUAUGGCAAGCCAACGGCUGCCAGGUGCUCGCGUUGCAGCAUGUCGAGUUGAUGCGCAUAAUACUGGCGGUACACAGCGCGAAGAACCAGAGACUGGGAAUCGGUGCGCAAGCGGCGAAUCUGGCGCUGGAAGAGCUGCUACGGGAAGCGACGCGCAAGAUCUGCGGGCUCGCGCUUUCCAACUGCCGCGAUCAGCCGGCCAUGGUGACGGCUGGUGUUGGCGUGUCGUUGUGCGGGGAGUAUUUCCGUGACGAAGGUGAACAGAGAGCUAUUGUUGACUUCAUGGCGAAUCUUGAAAGUCAGCAUGCCUGGCCAACGAGCGCUGUAGUCGAUGCUUUGAGGGUAGCGUGGGCUUCUCAUCCAACCUCAUGA